GUUGUGGGUAAGGGUGCCUUUGGUGUGGUGAGUAGAGCAAAAUGGCGGAACAAAGAUGUUGCAGUCAAGAGAAUUGAGACAGAGUCUGAGAAGAAAGCAUUUAUGCAGGAAUUGAAGCAGCUGUCACGAGUCAACCAUCCAAACAUUGUCCGGUUGUAUGGAGCAUGUCGGGAACAUCCAGUGUGCCUUGUUAUGGAAUAUGCAGAAGGAGGAUCCCUAUAUAAUGUGCUACAUGGAUCAGGCCAGCAACCCAACUAUACAGCAGCCCAUGCUUUGAGUUGGUGUCUGCAGUGCGCUAAGGGAGUGGAAUAUUUACACAACAUGAAACCAAAGGCAUUAGUUCAUCGUGAUCUGAAACCACCCAACUUGUUGCUAAUCAUGGGAGGAACUGUUCUUAAGAUCUGUGAUUUUGGCACCGCUUGUGAUGUUCAGACACACAUGACCAACAACAAGGGCAGUGCUGCCUGGAUGGCACCGGAGGUCUUUGAAGGUUCCAACUACAGUGAAAAGUGUGAUGUCUUCAGUUGGGGAAUCAUCUUGUGGGAGGUGCUGACCAGAAGGAAACCCUUUGAUGAGAUUGGGGGGCCAGCUUUCAGGAUUAUGUGGGCAGUCCACAGUGGUCGGAGGCCACCACCUAUCCAGAAUUUACCCAAGCCACUGGAAACCCUUAUGGCCAGAUGUUGGUCAGGGAAUCCCCCAGAGCGACCUUCAAUGACAGAAGUUGUCAGAAUCAUGAACACCAUGUACCGGUUCUUCCAUGGUGAAGAUGAGCCUCUGGUUAUUUCACGGACACAUGAUGCAGAUGAAGAUGAAGAGUACAAUCAGUCUAUAGGUCAGUUGUUGGCAACUCCUACAGUCAGACUUGCAGGAGAGUCACGCAACAGUACCAUCAGUGAUACAGUUCGCUAUUGUCAGGAUGCUUCAGCUGUUGCUGCUGCUGUACAGGAGGACAGAAAACCAAGAGGUCAGAUGAGUGCCCCUCCUUCAUUAGCCGCAAGCAGAGAGAGUUUGAAUGACCUUAGAAGCUCAAGGUCCACGACACCAGUGGAAAGUGGUCAGCAUUCAUCAGCAGACAUGUCAGAGGACUUUGAUCUACCAGGCAAUGAGCAAGCAUCCAUGCCAGCCACAGCCACACGAGCAAAGGGUCAUCGGAGGUCAGGGUCACAGGGUACAUCUCUUGAUAAUAUCCAGGCAGCACAGCUCAAACCACAUGGUGGUAUGGGUCAUCGUCGCAUAGGCUCCGAUGAAUACACACGGCUGUCCGCAGUUUCCAUCCCUUUGUCUAUCAGUACGGAAGUUGGAGCCAGUGGCAGUCCUGUUCACCAUAGCAGCACCUACCCUAGCCAGUUGUCCCAUCUGAGUCAGGUGGACUACAUUAAUCGCGAUGAUGGACCAGCUGUGUCCACACCUUCUAGGUCCGUGUCCUAUCAACCACCAGCGCCAGAACCUGUAGUCAUCUCGCCGAGGUCAGCCUCUAUGAGUUCAGACCCACUUUUGCCUGCACUUACACAUGGUCAACAAGCAGGAUUUCAGGCAAGAGUGGAACAUACAGUCUACAAUGAUCCAUACUUCUCUCUGGAACCACAUUUACAGCCAAUCACACCAUGUCUGACCAAUCAAGAGUCCAUGCAGAUAUUCGAAGAACACAUGAGG